CUAAGUACCAGGAGUCUGAGCGUGACCUCUACAACAGUUGAAAACACUGAAUGUGGAGGUUCAUAGAAUGAGUUAUGCAUAAUUCUGUAUGAACGGACGUUAAUGGAAGGAGCAGUCAGUUAAGGUUACUCGUCCUAGAUAUUAGUAAUUUUUAAAAAGGGCUUAUGUGCGCCGAGCCUCUGGAUUUCCGGCUAGGGGUGCUUAGUGAGACAGCAGGUGUUGCUUGUGGUCCCGUACUGCUCCGACAUGGGUGUGAUUGGUGUUCAGCUGGUGGUUACCAUGGUAAUGGCCAGUGUCAUUCAGAAGAUUAUACCUCACUACUCCUUCGCAAGGUGGCUGCUCUGCAGUGGUCGCCUAAAGUGGUACCAGCAUCCCACAGAAGAUGAGCUGAGGAACCUUGCUGGGAAGCAACAGAAAGGAAAGAACAAGAAGGACAGGAAGUACAACGGGCACAUAGAUAACAAACCGUUGACCAUUCCCAAGGACAUCGAUCUGCAGCUGGAGACCAAGUCCAUUACAGAAGUAGACACACUGGCCUUGCAUUACUUCCCCGAGUACCAGUGGCUGGUGGACUUCACAGUGGCGGCCACUGUGGUGUACUUCAUCACCGAGCUCUACUACAGCCUGGCCGAGCCCACUGGCGAGAUGAACAUCAGCGUGGUCUGGUGUCUUCUAGUGCUGGCCUUUGUCAUAAAGAAUCUCUUCUCCCUGACAAUGCACUACUUCAGGGUGGAGGAGGGUGGCGAAAGAUCACUCUGCAUCACCUUUGCUUUCUUCUUCUUCGUCAAAGCCAUGGCCAUUCUGAUUGUGACUGAGAAUUACCUGGAGUUCGGCCUUGAAACGGGUUUCACAAACUUCUCGGAAAGUGCCGUGCAGUUUCUGGAAAACCAGGGCUUGGAGUCACAGGGGCCCAUAUCCAGGCUGACGUUCAAACUGAUCCUGGCCCUGCUGUGCUCUUUGAUCGGGGCCUUCCUGACCUUUCCGGGGCUGCGACUGGCUCAGAUGCACCUGGAUGCCCUGAACCUCACCACAGCCAAAGUUACGCAGACGUUGCUUCACAUCAACUUUUUGGCUCCCCUCAUAAUGGUCCUCUUAUGGGUGAAACCCAUCACUAAGGACUACAUCAUGAACCCCAGUCUGGGGAAGGAGAAUCUGCCUUUGAUGACGGAGAGCACAUACGACACCCUGCGUCUGUGGACCAUCCUGCUGCUGUGUGCUCUGAGACUGGCCGUCAUGCGCUGCCACCUGCAGGCCUACCUCAACUUGGCCAAGAAGGGGGUGGAGCAGAUGAAGAAGGAGGCGGGGCGCAUCAGCACCGUCGACUUGCAGAAGAUGGUGGCACGUGUUUUUUAUUACCUUUGUGUGAUCGCCCUUCAGUAUGUCGCACCCCUAGUGAUGUUGCUGCACACAACCUUGCUCCUCAAAACUUUAGGUGGUCACUCCUGGGCCCUGUCCAUGGAGCCUGGAGAGCCUGGCACCUUGGCCGUGAGCUCUGACCCCAUGACUGCAGCCUCUCCGGAGCCCCCCUCCAUCCCGGGGCUGGCUAAGGCAUCGGUGGCUCAGCUCUCAAUGGCGCUGGGGGGUCUGCAGACUGUGUUCAGCCCCCUGCUCUUCCGCGGCUUGCUAUCCUUCCUCACCUGGUGGAUCGCUGCCUGCCUCUUCUCCACCUCCCUCUUCGGUUUGUUCUACCACCAGUAUCUCAUGGCGGCAUAGGGGCUGUGUCCUGUCCCUUCCCAGCGCCUGGGGGCCAAGGUGGCCAGAAAGGAGGGUGCUGUUGUUCAUCCUGCCCACAAGUGCUUCCUCCUGGGUUCCUCUACGGUCUCGCUUCAAAAACCUGGAGACGUGAGUCUUGACAUGAUGAACCUUGUGUACGUGUGCGAUUCUCUGUCCAUGCGUGCCUCUCCUCGCACAAGUGCACAGUCUAAAAGAGGUCUUACCUCUGUCCGCCUGGAGAGAUGGCUUAUUUCAGAAUGGAGGCUCUGAGAUUUCACCAUGUGGACAAAAAGCUCACAUUUCAACUGUCAUGGUCUCCAUUGCCUGAGCCAAGCUGAGAGAACAAGUGGAUACUAUAGUCAUGCCGAGAUCACGUGACAAAGACCUUUAGGAUACAUUAAUAUUGUUUUAAUGAACAUACAUACAUGGAAUGCAUACAGAAAUUUAAUAUAAUAUGUUUUACAGAGAUUUUUUUUUCUUCUAAAGUAGAAGCUGAGCCAUAUUUAACAGAAGUACAAUUGUUUGUUUCCUAUUGGAUGACGACGCUGUCAAUCAACGCAGCUUUGCAGGUGGAAACAUUUCCAACUGGACUGGAGAUGGAUGCUGCUGUAUAUUACAGUGAAGACGAUGCUGCGCCAGUGUGGGAGUGGACAAAAUCCAGGGCCGGAGGGUGGGCUUUGCGUGCAUCAGUGUGUAACCCCUGAGAUGUGGCAUUGAGGCAUUCUGGUUUGUUUGUCUCCUGUGGUGAAAUGAAGUAGAGCAGGGGAGUAACAAACCAAAAUCAGAGUAUGGAUCAGAGCCCAUUGUAUCAGCAUAAUCAGAAAUUCUCCCCCAAGAAUUUUUUUAGUUUGAAUUCAGCGAUUUUAGGAAAACGAAAAGCAGAAAAGGUGCCAAGCUUUAGCUUUUAAAAAUAAAUAACUGUAACAAUUAGACUGAACCAAUACUUGUCUCUGUGUUUUCUAAUGAAUCAUUUAAUUAUUGUUGUUUUAUUAGUAGUAUUAUAAUUAUCAUUUUAAAAUUGCCUGAUGCUUUUGAGUGCUGGGUUAAUAAACAUUUUUAAUAACGUCAGAGCAGAAUUGCACAACAAAACAGGGUAUUUAUUUAUUGCAUGUCUGGUUCAUAAUAAAGCGGUUUUAGGUUUUGUUCGACAGCUGGCCUAGUUCUGUGAAGACACAUUGUUUUCAUGAGGAAAAGUGAAAUGAAAGGGAAAAUGCUUACAAAUGACUAUCGCCAGUCUAGGUUUGCCUCUUCGGUCGUAUGAUUGUAACUGUUAAUUGCCAAUGUUGGAUGGCAUCUCUGGGUCAGAGACAGCAUGAGAUACAAUUGUGUUUGUUCCCAUACAUAUAACUGCUGUAUGUAUCUCUCUAUGUCGGUCAUCAGGAGAAGUUUCCAUCCCUUAAUUCACCAGACAAGAAAUGAACAGUUUUUGCAAAGACCCUUCAAAAAUUGUAUUUAUUUGUGAUGUAGAUGGUAUGCUUUGACAAAAAUUAAUGGUAGUCGUCUCGCUUUCAUACAUCGAUACAUCGUUUAUCCUUUUCCUUAGUUUUUGUCCUCUAUCGUGGUUUUCUCUGGGGGGGGGGAUUAAUAUUCACUUUUGGACAUCUGCCCUUUCGUUAUUAAAUCGUACUGGCCACUAACAUCCAAGUUAAAUUUACAAAGUAUUCUUGCGUACCUCAGGUACAAAACCCCUGUUCUGUGUGAUCUGUUGGAUUUUAUUUGUUGUGUACAUUGCAUGCAGACCAUUCAGCAGGCUGCUCUGUGCCUGCGCUGGUAUGCGUCACGUCGAUGUAGCCAAGGCUCCAACCCGUCAGCCAUUCACACGCCUUUAUUCUGAGGUUUUUAACGGUUUCAAAUCCAGCCAGAGAAGCGAGAUGCUGACUGCAUACCACAGGCCCUGAGGACAUUUUUAAUCCUUUUUUUUUAUUAAGUAGAGCACUGUUGAUCUGUCUUAAUCUAGUCGGACCACGCCAGGCAUGUGUGAUGUGUAACUGAAUAAUGUUCCCAUAGGAAAACCAGACCUGAAAAACGACAGUUCUGAAGAGGACUUUCACCAAAACCAUGCGGGAAACCGUUUAAAAUAGAACCUCCCACCUGUGUUUGUUGUUCCUCCACUUGAAUUAGUUAAGCACAGUUCAUACAAGCCCCAAAAUAUAAUGUUUGGUUUUCUUGAAAUUAUGUACCCCCAUGUGUUCGUUAACAAAUAUUAAUGUCAUGCAGUUAGGGGCCUUUUAAUCACAUCUGACUCAGCAAGGUGGUCCAGGUAGCCGCCUGUGUUUAAUGUAACAGAUUGAGCUUCAAAUGUAGUCACUUCUGGAAUUGUGUUCAUUGGUUUGCACAUCAGUCUGUAGUCAAGCGCAUACCUAAUCACGUACUUAAUAAUUAAAAAAAUAUAUACCAAAGACAUUAUGUCAUUAAAUUGUUUAGAUUUACUUAAUGGGGAAAAAGCAGCCUUUUACCUUGUUUUUUUAUCAUGAUUUUUAUUGCCUGUUGAAUGGAUGUUUUGUAGUUUUUGGAAUGUCUUACGUUAAUUAGGUGUUCUGAAUUUAAAUCUGUUACAAAAUCUAACUGUUAAGACACUGAAUGAUUUUUUUAAGGCAUUGUCUGAACACUCAUUUUUUUUUUGACAUGAUUAAGACUAAAUUUUUUUAAAAGUGUAUCAAUGUAGUAGUAGUAUCAAUUAUUAGAAUUAGAGAAUUUUAUUUGUAUAAAAACACUGCGUUUAACUGCUUAAUAAAACAUGCCAUUAAAUUUUG